UGGAAGCCCGGAUGCGUGAUAUCCCGUCCGGCCUGUACAGAUCCCAGACGUCGUUACACACCGAGGUGGCCAUGCCGGACAUGAAGACCCUAAGUGACAAACGCGAGGCACAGCUGGUGAGAACCAUGAGGAUGCUGCCCCGCUCCCUCCCCGGCACCACGGGCCACCCUGUGCCGUACGCCUUCGACAUGAGUGACCUCCCUCACAUCGACCACCUCCGCUCCCUCAUCGUGGUCAUGUGUGGCUUCUCCUUCUUCAUCGCCCCGUUCGUCUACAUGCCGCUCGGAAACAUACAGGCGACCUACGGCCAAAAAUGUUUCCUCUUCGCAGAACUUCACAUCCGGGUGGCUGAAUUCCCCUUACACAACAGUUCAAACCCUGAGCAAACGCCUGCGCUACAAAUCGACCAUCUGAAGUCCCGCUGGGGCCCGGAUGUCGUCUGCGACUACACGACCUUCACCGCCGUGUCGGUGGCCAUCUUUUCCGUCAUCAUUGGCUGGUCCGCACUACAAAUAUGGCCGCCCAUCAUGUCCGUCGGGAAAGGCGGUGCCCUGGCUGUAGUGUAUACCGUGUUGUCUAUGGCGAGUUUUGCCGCCAACUUCUUGUCCAGUCGGUACAUACGAUUUGGGUUCAGGGCCACAUGUAAUUCUCUACACAUGGAGCAUGGAGG